AUGCCGAUAAUGUCCUGGUUUAAAUGGAGCAAGCCUAAUCAAAGUUACUCUCAGAGGAACCCUGCUGAUGUGAUCAUUGAAACCCUCAUGAUGGAACUCAGCUGGCAGCUAAAACAAGCUGAGAAGAUGCAGAGAGAGCGAGAGAAUGAGUACAGGAGGAUAAAAACAGGUGUUGAUUAUAGCUGGCUAAUCAGUCAUCCCAAACAGAGCUAUGAAGUGUCUCCAAGAGAGAGGCUAGAACUUGAAGAAGCUUGUUCCAAAAUCCACCCUUCUUACUGUGGGCCUCUGGUACUCAGGUUUCGACAGGUAAUUGCUGAAUACGAGCCCGAGGUUCACGAAGUGUUACAAUUAUUCCGGGCUGUUCUUCAGGAUGCUUUUGAGCAAAUGAAGGAAGAUCAAGAUACUAAUAAAUUAACCAGGCAGUGGAACAAGAAACAGACAAUGAGUCUCUCCACGAUAAUAUUUAAAUCACGAAUAAGGAUCUAUCCUUUCAGCAGUAAUAUCAAAACAGUGUCAGAAGAUGUGGAGCAAGGCUUUGAGUCAGCCAGACGAGUAUGGAGUAUGCCAGAGUUCAAAACUGCUAAAGACUUCUGA